CCGCCGUCCUCUGGACACGGUUGGAAGUGGAGGGGCGGACUGAGCGGCUGUUCGCCGGCUUUUCCUGCCUUGUAGCCGGGAGGUGCCAAUGGAAGACACACAGCAACUAGAUUCUUCGGCUCUUCAGGCGACUGAGGUGCCCACAAACGAGAUCAUGUCAAAUGUUUCCAAAGGGUCAGAACGUCGGCAACGUUCCCGGAACGGACAGAAGCUCUUCAUUUGCUCUGAGUGUGGCAAGAGCUUUAACAAGUAUUCACACCUCAAAUUGCACCUGCUGGUACAUACAGGGGAGAAGCCCUUCAAAUGCAGUGUCUGUGAGAAGGAUUUUAAUCACCCAUCCAGCCUCCGGAAACACGAGAUCACGCACACAGGAGAGAAGCCAUUCAAAUGCUCUGACUGUGAAAAGAGUUUUAACGACUCAUCAAAUCUGUCCCGUCACAAACGCAUUCACAGUGGCGAGAAGCCAUUCAAAUGCAACAUGUGUGAGAAAGAGUUCACUUACUCUCACCACCUAUUAUCACACCAGCGCACGCACACAGGAGAGAAGCCAUAUCAGUGCCUGACAUGCAAGAAAGAAUUCAGCCAGUCCUCCUCAUUAAUGAUGCACCAGCGGACACACACCGACAAGAGGCCAUAUAAAUGUGCUGCCUGUGGGAAGAAGUUCCAGUUGUCACGCCAUCUGAUGAGUCAUCAUUGCACACGUGCAGUGGAAAGCCCACUGGAAUACAAGAAAGAAUUCAAGAGGGAUUCUAUUUUGGGAAGACCUAAGAGGCUAAUUACACCAGAGCUGCUAUCUAAAUGUACCUUUUGUAGCAAGACGUUCCGUCUGUCACACAACCUGAAACAUUUGCAUGGUGGUGAGAAGCCAUAUCAGUGCUCCGCGUGCCGGCUCAAGUUCAGCCAGUGCUCGGCUCGGAUGGUGAAAUAUCAGCAUGGAGGGGAGAGACCAUAUUUGUGUUCCAUCUGUGAUAGAGGCUUCAAGGGCCCGAGCACACUGACACACCCCAUUAUUACAGGCAGCAGCUCUCAUCACUGCAUUGGCUGUGGAAAGAGCUUCAAGAACUCAUCCCCUCAUCUACAGCAUCAGGCUGUGCACGUGGAAGAGAGGCCAUACAGACUUGCUGGUUACAGGAAGAGCUUCAAGCAUGCGUACAAAGGGUGCACACAGUUUAUCGAGCCGUCAGAACAUUCACAUAAAAAGGACAAAAUCCAAAUGUAUGAGAUGCAGGAAAACCUUUAGAGACUCUAUCAAACUGUUACUUCACCAGCAUAUCAAAUACUUGAGAUCUUGUUAUCCACUUUCCCAAACCAGUUUUUUUUAAAGAGGUACAGCACAGUAACAGGUCCUUCUGGGCCAACAAACCCAAGGCGCCCAUUUACACCCAUGUGACCAAUUAACCUAACAACUGGAAUGCCUUUGGAAGGUGGGAGGAAAGCAGAGAGCCUGGGGGAGACCCACAUGACUAUGUGGAGGGUGUGCAGACUCCUUACAGACAGUGGUGGGAGUCAGAGCUGGGUGGCAGGUGCUGUAAUAGCAUUACACUGACCACUACACUACCAUGCCACCCAAAAAAGAGAUUCUGCAGAUGCAGGAAAUCCAGAGCAACACAUAAAAAAUGCUGGGGGAUCUCAUCAUCCUGAUGAAGGGUCUCGGCCCAAAAUGUCAUUUCCAUAGAUGUUGCCUAACCUGCUGAGUUCCACCAGCCCUGUGUGUGUGUUACCCCAAAAAAAGAAAAGUUCAGUUAUGGUCAAAAUUACCUGGAUGAGACAUUGGAUCCCAACAGUUUCACAUGUCCUGCCAUAAGAUGACACAGGAGUUGCAAUGUGCUUUUUCGGAUAAAGUUUUGACCCAUUGAAAAUAUGGGUUAAGACAUUUUGAGUAAGCUAAGCAUGUGUUCAUUUCAGUGUAGUCAAUUUCCUGGGCACUUGCUUACAAAAAACUUGGACUAGUUCUCACAUUGACUCUCCCUUGGUUUGUUAGCUAUCUGUAACUUUUUUGGUGUAGAGUACUCCAUAUUGACCCAUGCCUGGGACUUUCAUGGGUCUCAUGUCAUUACUGUAAGGCAGUGUUUCCCAAAGUAGGUGAGAUCGUGCCCCCACCCCCGGCACCACAGGGCGUUGGAGGGGGCUUGGUAGCAAGGGGGCAGCAGAGGGAUUACAGCCUUAAUAUUAAAAAAAACUUAACAGUUUUUAAUCCUCAGUGUCUCAUAAUUAAUUAUAAUGAUCAUGUAAUCACCACAUUUCUUGCUAACCCACCAUUCUCUUAAGAGUGGUGAAUCUGGAAUUCGGUGCCAUAGGCAGCUGUAGAGGCCAAGUCUUUAUGUAUUUAAGACAGGGUGAUGGAUUCUCAAUUAGACAGGUCAUGAAGGGAUACAGGGGUAAGGCAAGAGGUUGGGGCUGAGGGGGAAAAUGGAUCAGCUAUCGUGAAAUAGCAGAGCAGAGUCAAUAGGCCAAAUGGCCUAAUUCUGCUCCUAUAUCUUAAGGUCUUAUGUUAUAGGACACCAGUAUCUAAUAAUGGCUUAUAGUUUUUGUGCUUAGGUCUAUGGGCUGCCAAGCAUUCAACAAGUGAUGUAUCUUCACCAGAUCUGCCUUUUUAUCAAUAGAGACUCAGAAUCAGGUUUAAUGUCACUGGCAAACACCGUGAAGUAUGUUGUUUUGCAGCAGCAAUGUAUUGCAAUACAUAAAAAACCUAUAAAUUACAAUAAGUAUAUAUAUAUUUAAAUUAAAUAUGUAGUGCAAAAAGGGAGGGAAAAAAAGGUAGUGUUCAUGGUUCAUUCCAUUCAGAAAUUUGAUGGCAGAGGGGAAGAAGCUGUCCCUGAAAUGUUGAGUGUGUGUCUUCAGGCUCCUGUACCUCCUCCUCGAUGGUACCAAUGAGAAGAGGGCAUAUCCUGGGUGAUGGGGUCCUAAAUGAUGGAUGCCAUUUUUCUGAAGUAUCACCUUUUGAAGGUGUUUUCAAUGCUGGGGAGGAUAGUGCUCAUGAUGGAGCUGGCUGACUGAGUUUACAACUUCCUGAAGGUUUUCUGAUCCUGUACAGUGGCCCCUCCAUACCAGACCUUAGAACACUCUCAUGGCUUUCAUUUCAUUGCUUAAGGUAUAGGACUCCAGUAUCUACAAUGAAGGCCUAUAGUUUUUGAGCUUGGGUCUGUGGGCUGCCAAGCGUUCAAUAAAUGAUGCAUCUUCACCAGAUCUGCCCAUUAAGACAGAUGACUCCAUGAGUAGAUGGUGAUUCUUUUGCUAGAACUUUGGAUCAAGAACUGGGUUUACCAGGUGGUCGUCUUCUUAAGCCCAUUACCCCUAUUGGGACAUAGGCCACCCUCAGCAGCUGUCUGAUAUCUUUAUCCUGGGCCAGUCUUUCUUGUCUCCGGGUGUAGCCAUCUCUCAGAUCCUUCCUCUGCCAGAGGUGAGGUCUCUGGAGCUUCUGUUGGUGUUCCUGGAGCACUGGGUGGUUACUAGCCCCAUACCCAACUGUCUUGCAGCUGAGGUUCGGACUGUCCGAGGCAGAGUUAUUACCAGGUUGUGCUCUCUUUUCAUUUCUGCUGAGCCAUGAUGGGGUUGCUGGACAUCCACCCUGAAUGGCUCCAAGUUAGGGCCAAUGUUUGAUCAUUUUGUUACCGCUGAACAGGUAUUUAUACGGCAAUUCAGCUCCUUCCUAAGUCUGCCCAAGUCAUUUUCUUCGAACGAUUGUUUUACUUUUCAGGGAAUAUUGUUGAAAUAUGCAGGAAAGAAUUUGGAGAAAUAAUGAAAAACAUUGGUGUUGGCAGCAGUGGUAUUUUACUACUGGUGCCAACGUGCAGUAGGAAAAAUUCAGGAGCUGCAUUUAAAAAAAAAUAUAUUUUGCUUUGUAUGAUGUGUGGUAAAUCUAAGUCAUUAUCAUGAACCGUAGGUGGUUUCUUUUUUUGUUUUAUGCAAUUCAGUGUUUAGAAAGGAAGACUUGAAUUCUGCUCUAUGGUAGGAAUGCUACACACAAGCACAGACAUAGAUGCACACCACAGGCACACGCAGAAUCCUGAAAUCCUUUCAAAGUAAAUAUAUGUUACCAUAAACAACCCUGAGAUUCAUUUUCUUGUGGGCAUUCACAUUAAAUACAAAGAAACACAAUAGAAUCAAUGAAAAAACUACAUACAAACUGUACAAUUGCAAAAAAAAAAUGCUAAUAAAUAAUAUAUGGAAAACAUGAGCUCUUGAGUCCUUGAAAGUGACUCUGUAGGUUAUGGGAUCAGUUCAGAGUUGAGGUGAGUGAAGUUAUCCAUGCUGAUUCGAAAUCUUGAUGGCUGUGGGGUAAUAACUGUUCCUGAACCUGCUGAUGUGAGACCUAAGGGAAUACUGUUGAGAAUUAGACAUUUCCAUUCGUUUUAGUGAAAGGAGCAAAGAAAAUAUUUAACCAAUGUGAUCUAUCUGUAUUGAUUCCUUGAAUGUGUCUAUUUUGGGGGAAUUUACUUCUUUAUAAUCACAUAGAUGAAUCCGACAACAAAGUGUAACAGUGAACCCUUAAUCUGGCUGUUUGUCAACUUUACAUCUGUAUGCAUGGGCUGAAAGGAAACUGUUCGUCAUGGUAUCUUCAAAUGCGCAAACACCAGUACACCUCAGAUUAUGUCCCUGAACAUAGAACCACAAGAACAUUAGUAUACUAGGAGCAUGCUUGGCGUGUUCUUUGACAGAGCAGCUAUGUUUAGUUUUGAGUGCAAACUUUAUCUCUAACGUGACAAUUUCCUCAUCCACAAAACACCUAUCCCUUGAAAGUGAUGUUAUGGAUAAAUAGGGUCAUAAAGGAGCUUUAGGCACAUUGGCCUUUUACAGGGUUACAUUGAGUGUUCUGCGUAGUUCUGGUCACGUACCUACAGGAAAGAUACCAAUAAGAUUGAAAGAGUGCAGAGAAAAUUCAAAUUGAGUAUAGGAGUAAAGAGGUCCUUCUGCAGCUGUAUAGGGCCCUGGUGAGACCCCACCUGGAGUAUUGUGUGCAGUUUUGGUCUCCAAAUUUGAGGAAGGACAUUCUUGCUAUUGAGGGAGUGCAGCGUAGGUUCACAAGGUUAAUUCCCGGAAUGGCGGGACUGUCAUAUAUUGAAUGAUUGGGGUGACUGGGCUUGUAUAUACUAGAAUUUAGAAGAAUGAGAGGGGAUCUGAUUGAAACAUAUAAGAUUAUUAAGGGGUUAGACACGCUGGAGGCAGGAAGCAUGUUCCCGCUGAUGGUUGAGUCCAGAACUAGAGGCCACAAUUUAAGAAUAAAGGGUAGGCCAUUUAGAACAGAGAUGCGGAAAAACUUUUUCACCCAGAGAGUGGUGGAUAUGUGGAAUGCUCUGUCCCAGAAGGCAGUGGGGGCCAAGUCUCUGGAUGCUUUCAAGAGAGAGUUAGAUAGAGCUCUUAUAGAUAGCGGGGUCAAGGGAUAUGGGGAGAGGGCAGGAACGGGGUACUGAUUGUGUAUGAUCAGCCAUGAUUACAGUGAAUGGUGGUGCUGGCUAGAAGGGUCGAAUGGCCUACUCCUGCAUCUACUGUCUAUUGUCUAUUAAAAUUUACAAGCUUUUGAGACUUGAGGACUCAAGUUUUAGGGAAAGGCUAAUGAAGUUAGGAUUUUAUUCUCUGGAGCAUAGGAAAAUGAGGGGGUAUUUGAUAGAGGUAUACAAAUUUAUGAUAGAUGUAGAUAGGGUAACAACAGGAUUUUUCCACUGAGGUUGGGUGAGACUAGAACUAGAUGUUAUAGGAUAAGGGUAAAAGGUGAAAUAUUUCAAAGGAGGAACCUGAGGGGGAACUAUUUCACUCGGAUGCUGGUGCAAGUGUGGAACAAGCUGCCAGCAGAAGUGGUAAAUACAGAUUCAAUUGCAACUUUUAAGAAAGGUUUGGAUAGUUACAAGGAUGGGAGGAAUAUGGUCCAGGUGCAGGUUGAUGGGACAAGGCAGGAUAAUAGUUCAGCAUGGCCUAGUUGGGCUGAAGGGCCUGAUUUUGUGUUGUAGUGUUCUGUGGCUAUUUCAUUUUUAACUACAUUUAUGGAACCAGGUUCUACCUUUUCAAAUAGCAUAUUCUAGACCUUGGCACCAAUUUCUUUUAAAGGAAAGUUAUCUGUCCAUCUCUGGAUUGUCUGUCAAAUUGUUACUAUUUUAUGACUGACUCACUUGGUAGAGUGAGUUUUUCUUCAAUUCUCCUAAGACCCUUCCUCAGAUGAAUAGUCUCUGUAAUGUCAGGUAUCUCUUUAGACUCUUUGAGUUUUGGACUUUGUAUGUUAUCUGUAAUGUUAUGCCUGUAGUAUCCCAACUGAGACCAAUAUAUAGUAGUAACUUUUGAAAUUGGUUCAUUGUUGUCACAUGCACAGAGAUACAUUGCAAAGCUUGUCUUGCAUACUGUUCAUUCAGAUCAACCCAUUACACAGUGCACUGAGGUAGAACAAGGUGUAACAGUAUGAAAUGUAACAACUACAGAAUAAAGUGCAAUGUAGGUAGAUGAUGAGAUGCAAAGUUAUAUUGAGGUAGCUUGUCUUAUACUAGGGCACCAGUCAAUUGUGUUAAAUUAGUGGGGUAGAAGCUGUCUUUGAGGCUGGAUUAAAAAGUUUUAGAGAGUAGAUUAGUAAAUAAUAAAGUAGUUCUGUUUUCUAUUUAUUGUUUUAUUAAGUAAACCCAGGUAAACAACUACUGAUUUGACUACUGUAGCAGUUUGCCUUAAGAAUGUGUAUUUAUUUGCUGAUUACACAUUUCAUAGAAAACCUACAGCACAAUACAGGCCCUUUGGCCCACAAUACUGUGCCAAAUAUGUACUCUAGAAAUCACCUACCCACAGUCCUCUAUUUUUCUAAGCUCCAUGUACCUAUCCAGGAGUCUCUUAAAAGAUAGGUAUUAAUUUUAAAUAAUUUACAAUGAACUUCAUCUGCCAUGCUGUGUGUAUUUUUAAAAAAACUAGCUUGCAUCUGUUCUCACCCCAGUAUACUACUUUGCGAAGUUAUUUUAUUUAGAGGUACAGUGCGGAAUAGACUCUUCCAGCGGCAUUGCCCAGCAACUAUUGAUUUAACCCUAGCCUAAUCACGGGACAAUUUACAAUGACCAAUUAACCUACUAACCAGUAUGCCUUUGGACUGCGGGAGAAAACUGGAACACCGGGAGGAAAUCCACAUGCACACAGGAAAUAAUGUAUAAACUUGCUUACAGAGUAUGCCAGAAUUGAACUCUGAAUGCCGACUCCCUGAGCUGUAAUAGCAUCAUGCUAAUGACCAUGCUGCCAUGGUGGCUUUUUGGAUUGUUAACAAACAGAUCUGUAAGACAGGAGCAGAAUUAGGCCAUUUGGCCCAUCAAGUCUGCUCCUCCAUUCAAUCAUGCCUGCUCAUUUCCCCCCACCCCUCCUGAAACUCACUCUCCUUAACCUUUGAUGCCAUGUUCAAUCAAGAACCCACAUGGUCACAGGAAGAGCACACAAACUCUUUACAGACAGCAGCAGGAACUGAACUCGGUCACUGGUGCUGUAAUAGUGUUAUGCUAACCACUACACUACUGUGCCCCUCAUAGUGACUCCCUGUAGAUCUUAUUAAAUGCUUUCCAAUAGCCAUAAACACACUAGUUUGAUCAACAUUUUUUCCCUGACGUCUCUUUACAUAAUCUCUCUGUAUGGAGUUCUCCUCGUGACCAUCUGGGUGCCAUGGUAAUGUAGUGGUUAGUGUGAUGCUAUACAGCUUGGGGCAUUGGAGUUGGGAGUUCAAUUCUGACGACAUCUGUAAGGAGUCUAUAUCCUCCCCACGGAAUGCCUGCGUUUUCUCUGGGUGCUCUGGUCCAAAGGCGUAGCAAUUAAUAGGUUAAGUGAUCAUUGUAAAUUGUCCUGUAAUGAGGCAGGGGUUAAAUUGGGGUUAUCGGUGGUGGGGCUCAACGAAUCUCUGCUUGCUCUGCUGUAUUCACGUUCUCAUCAAAUUUAUUGUAUCUGGGCUGUUAAUUUCCAGUACCUCCAUUUUUAGGCUGAAUAAAUGUUUUUCACCUUU